AUGCGUUCCAUCGUGGCCCUGGCGGCCCUGGCCCUCUCGGGUUCUGUCCAACUCGCCUCAGCCAGUGUUUGCAGACCCAGCGCGACUACGGAUCUUGCGACCACGACGACAUCUACGAGUGCUCCCGUGGUGACCAACGAGCUCAAGGGUGCCAAGUUCGCCCGCAGAGCUCCUGAUGGUGGCAUCGUUGACUUUGAGGGAAGCGGUGAUGCUCAGCAUGCGGACGAGGGAUACAAGGGCGAUGGUAGCAAGGAUAAUGGCUGUGUUCAAAUGCAUGCCGACUCUGGUUCGAAGCGAGCUCUGGGUCCGGAUGUUGGCAUCUCGCAGCAGGUGACUGGUCUGAACCCGUCUACCCCCUACACUAUCCGGUUCUAUACCGCCAUCGUCCUCUAUCCCCAGAACACAGGGAGCUGCUUUAUCAGAGCUUACCUCGGUGGUGAUCCCUUCUACGAGCAGGCGCUCUUCACCUCGGGCCCUACUGCGGCCUACAGUUCCGUCGUCAGGCAGGCCAGUGCCCCGGCCAGCUCGGCUACCUUUUCUAUUCAGAUGCAGUGCAGCGGCGGCAACGCGGCCAUGAUCUACGUCGACUCUAUCUUCAUGUCCAACCAGGUUACUCCUCAGAACAUUGACGACUAUGACCUCGUUGGUGAUGACGACGAUGUCGAAUCCCCUACAACCACUGCCGAUACCGAGACUUCGCAGGCCAGCUCAACUGGAACUGUGCCUCCUGAGACCGAGACUGAGACUGCUACUAGCUCUGAACUUCCUGAGACGGAGAGCGAGACUGCCACCAGCACCGAGCUCCUUGAGACUGAGACUCAGACUGCUUCCAGCACUGAGCUUCCUGAAACGGAGAGCCAGACUGUCACCGGUACUGAGACCUCGCAGACUGAGAGUGCUGAGACGACUGCUACUACUGGCGUGGAAACUUCUCAGACUGAUAUCGAGACUGGGACGACUACCGGUACUGAGACUAGCGAUGUCGAGACCAGCACGACUGCUAGCACCGAGACCAGCGACGUUGAGACUGGCACCACCACCGCCACCGAGACUUCACAGACUGAAGAUGCCGAGACUGGCACAACUACUGAAGCCCAAUCCACAACCGAGAGCGAGUCUACCGUCACCUCCCAGGAGGCAUCUGAGAGCACCACUGCUUCUGAGGAGUCCACCACUGCUUCUGAGGAGCUGACCACUACCUCGGCAGAGUCAACUACUGCCUCGGAGGAGUCAACAACUACUGCCUCGGAGGAGUCAACAACCACUGCCUCGGAGGAGUCAACCACCAUCAGUUCAACUACAUCAUCUGCAUCAUCUGAGCCCACAAUCAGCAGAAUCUGUGCCAACGUUGGGUCCAACCCUGAUGACGGCAAGGGUUGCGACAAGAGACCUGUCACAGCGGACCCAGAUUUCUACUUCUCCUUCGUGGGCAACAUUGAAAAGGAGCAGUGUGCGGCCCGCUGCCUCGGUGAUGAUGAGUGCGGCCAUUUCGAGUACCGCUACGUCAAUGAUUGUCACAAGGAAUGCCGCAUUUAUUCGACCAGACUGUCUGCCGACUCGCCCACCGGUCCUUCUGGCGAUACAAACAUCUGGGCCUACGACCGCAGCUGUGCCUGGCAAAUCCCCUGCUGGCAGCCUCCGGCUGAUAACAUCUGCUUGAACAAGUUUGCCGACACGCCAGAGCCGACUUGCGUCCGCCAAAAGGCCACGCUCAAGCAGUGUGCCCAGCCCUGGCUCAGACUCACCGUGCCAGAGUGCACGCCCGAAGAGUCGUGUGCUGGAGCCUGCGCGACUUACACGGGCUGCGUAGCCUUCUCCCUGUCCUCCGAUCCGAACGAUCAGCGCAACUGUCUGCUGUACACGGACCGCGUUGAAGAUAUCUCAGAGGCCGACGAUUCCAGCCUCCUCGAGUUUGUCGACCUCGACUGCUAUGCCUGCAACGGCAAGAACAUGGCUUUAACCACCUACGCCCAACCUAUGAAUGACAACACCCCCAAGCCUGAUAAUACGUGUGCUGCUCCGAACAAUGCCAACUUCUUCUUGGCUACCCCUGGGGCUAACACUGCUACGACUCUCUUGACCUCGACCCGUGCUGCCACUACGACUGAGGCUGCAAACUUUGCCUAG